AUGAAAUACAUUAGACAAUUGAUAUUCAAUCAUAUUAAUGAUAUAUCACAGCAAUUGUAUAAAGGCAGUAUUUAUGAUGAUGGUAGACAACGAUCAUUAGUCGGAAGAGAUAUCAUCAAGUUAACAUUACCUCGACUUGAAAUGGUAUCAAAGUUUGCAAUGCCAUGGAACUAUAUUAGUCAUUAUCUACCAACAGAUGUUGAUGAAAUAGAAUUCAAACAAAGAAAAAGAGCUAUUACUCAAUACUGUCAUCAUCGUAAUGCAACGUUGGAUACACUCGUACAUCUAUUGGAAUGGUCUCCCACCGUUCAAAUUGAAUGGAAGUACUUGAAAAACAGUGGUUGUGAUAUAAAGUAA